AUGCUACGGUCGAGGAGUUCUGAUCGUCCUCCCGCUGUUCCCGCUCGCCGAUUGUCGUCGAAUAACCCGUUUCGCACCGACUCGGUCGUGCAACAGCAGCAGACCUAUCAAAGUGACGAGGAAUUCCAGAAAUGGGUGUCGUCGAAUGCGAUACACAGUCCAUACAAGACCUCAGCUAACGCUGGGUCUGGGUCUGGGUCAGGAGCCGGGCAGUUCUACCAUAAGAGCUCAUCGUUACUGAGUUUUACCGACAGCAUUGAAGAAGAGCCCAGCGAGAGUUUACCACGUGUGAGUUCACCACGCAGUGGAAGCGAUAUGAGAUCAAGCAUGACACCACCACAACGCCCAGCGUCGAAAAACCCAUUUCUCGAGGACUUGAGCCCGCAGUCCGCCACAGACGACGCGUCGACCGCUUCGUCGACGUACCCGACUGCUCAGGAGGAGAAAGACCGGCUGAGACGUCGAUACUUGGAACACACGCCCAUCGACGAUCACUCACUUCCCGCAGAAGACCUGCCUCCUGCGUACGACGAGGUUGCAGGCCCCAAAAAGGACGCUGCGCGUCCACGCGAGAAAUCGGCCUCGUCGCGCUCCCACAGACACCGCAGCCACCAGCAUGCGUCGCGCGACCGGUCCGAGCGCGAGAAAUCCGGGUCCUCGCGGUCUUCUGGUACUCACCAGCCUUCGUCGUCGUCGCAGCGUAAGUCGUCCAGGGACAAAAAACACUCUUCCAGCUCGUCUUCGUCCAAACCACUUGCCAAAAACGUCGACACAAUCGAUAAACUCGACGUCACGGGCCUCUUUGGCGGCGCCUUCCAUCACGACGGACCCUUCGAUGCGUGCACUCCGCAUCGCAACCGCAACCAAAAGGUGGCCCCUGUAAUGGCUUUCCCAGCAAAUGGACCUAAUUCUUCUAUCGCUGGCGCUGCUAACAGCAAGUCGCCCAUGAAAGAGGUCUUUGGCCAAGAGUCCGUUGACGACGACGACACCUACUUGUACGCCAGCAGGCCGUACCACCAGGUCAACAAUGCAUCGUCCACUGCCACCGUAGACGCCAUCAAACCCAACAGCCGAAAAAUAACCCAAUUCGAUACAAAGGCUCAAACGCAGCUUGUCCAUGGACCCACCACCGAUGGUCUAGGAUCCACCACUUUCUUGGAUGGUGCUCCAGCCAAGGGUGCUCAAAACAGCUACAAUCGUCUACAUCCACUCUCUGCCGAUACCCGCAAACAAGAGCGUUUACAACUCACCAAGACGCAUUCUGGUCAUUUGGAGUACGACAACGUCGAUCCAGACGAAGACGUAUACGUAGGUGGACGCAUUGACCCAGCUGCAAAGAAAUCUGCGUCAGGAAACAAGUUUAUGAGAAGAGUCAAGAGUCUAAAAGUAGGUAGAAAGCCAUGA